AUGCCCCCUGCGGCAAUGCCAGCAGCAACACCCACAGCGGAGCCUCCCGCGUGCGCCUAGGGCAAAGACCACGCCCCCCAUUCACAAGAACAAGUCAAGGGACACGGAACGAACCCGUUGCGCCCUCGGAGUCCGCUUUGGCGCCCAAGCCAAUGGUGGCAUUCGCAAACGAUUGAGGUUUGGGCACCCACUGACGAACUUCACCCUGCGCCUCCUCAGCGCUGGCACUUUCACAGCUGCCGCUGCGUAUCAACAGCACGCAGAGGAGGAACAGCACCGCAGAAGAAAACAGGUGCCGGGGCAUGUUGAGCCUCCGACUCUCACACUACUUGCGGUGGAUCCGUGCAGGCCGCAACGAUUGUGCCUGUGUGUGGGUGUGUAUGCGUGUUGCUGUUUUUAG